AUGUCUUUCUUCACCACAUCAUUUCCUACACUCCUUUUCACCUUAAUAAUCUAUCUUCUUCUUUUUGCCAAUGCACUUGCACAACCCGUUACCCGUACGCCUAAGUACCAACUUUCGGUCGAUUUUUACGCGAAAACAUGCCCACAGCUCGAUCAGCUCGUGGCCUCUGUCACGUCACAGCAGUUCAAGGAAGCACCAAUUUCCGCACCAGCCACCAUUCGUCUCUUCUUUCACGACUGUUUUGUCGAAGGCUGCGAUGGGUCGGUAUUGGUUUCAACGAAACCCGGAAGUAAAGAUUUAGCAGAAAAAGAUGCAGAGGAUAAUAAGGAGAUACCUAUCGAAGCUUUCGAGAGCAUAAACAAGGCAAAGGCACUUGUCGAGAGCAAGUGCCCGGGGAUCGUGUCCUGUGCAGACAUCUUAGCCAUUGCAGCUAGAGACUUUGUUCAUCUGACAGGGGGGCCGUACUACCCGGUGAAAAAAGGCCGUUGGGAUGGCAAAAUCUCGUUGGCCUCAAGAGUACAACCCAACCUCCCACGAGCAAACUCGACAGUCGACGAGCUGUUAAAGCUCUUCGGGUCAAAGGGCCUAACGCUCGAGGACUUGGUCAUCCUCUCCGGGGCCCACACCAUCGGGUUCGCCAACUGCAGGCACUUUGUGGGCCGGCUGUACGACUACAAGGGCACCAAGCAGCCCGAUCCAUGGAUCGACCCGAGGCUCCUUAAAGCCCUUAAAAUGUCGUGCCCGCAUUUUGGAGGGAAUACGGAUAUCGUGGCCCCAUUAGAUGUCACGACUCCCUUCUCGUUCGACAAUGCUUAUUAUGGGAAUUUGGAGGCUAUGAUGGGGCUGCUUGGGUCUGAUCAGGCCCUCUUUGUGGACCUUAGGACAAAAGGUUUGGUCCAGGCAAUGGCUAAGGAUAAGCAGAGAUUUUUUCAAGAGUUUGCUGUGGCUAUGGAUAAAAUGGGAGGCAUUGGUGUGAAGAGAGGAAGAAGGCAUGGAGAGAAGAGAAAAGACUGCACGUUGCACAUGGGAUGA